CGCGCAGGAGAUCUAAAGCGGCAGCGGGGAGCUGGGGGUCGCGGCUGCGCUGCCUCGCCGCUUGCCCGAGCCCCCUGGCUGGGCCCAAACAGGAAGAUGGAGUGUCAGAAAAUUACCAAUUUUGGAAACCAGCUUCUUCGUCGGAAAAAUGUGGACUGCUCUCGAGAAGACAGUCGCCUCUCGCGAUGCCUUAACACAUUUGACUUGGUAGCUCUGGGUGUAGGCAGCACUUUGGGUGCAGGUGUCUAUGUACUGGCUGGAGCUGUGGCACGGGAGAAUGCCGGACCUGCCAUCGUUAUCUCCUUCUUGAUUGCCGCCUUGGCUUCGGUGCUGGCCGGACUGUGCUACGGAGAAUUCGGUGCUCGAGUUCCUAAGACAGGAUCGGCUUACCUCUACAGCUACGUGACUGUGGGUGAGCUGUGGGCCUUCAUAACAGGCUGGAAUCUAAUCCUCUCCUAUGUUAUUGGAACCUCAAGUGUGGCCAGAGCCUGGAGUGCGACGUUUGAUGAAAUCAUAGGGCAGCACAUUGAAAAAUUUUGUAAAAAAUACAUGACGAUGGAUGCUCCUGGAGUGCUAGCAAAAUACCCAGACAUCUUUGCUGUGGUGAUAAUCAUCAUCCUAACAGGGCUUUUAGCUUUUGGUGUGAAAGAAUCUGCCCUGGUGAACAAAGUGUUCACCUGCAUCAACGUCCUUGUCCUUGGAUUUGUCGUCAUCUCCGGCUUUGUGAAAGGAUCUGUUAAAAACUGGAACCUGACUGAACAGGACAUUUACAACACCAGCCAUAGAUUUUUCAAAGACAAUCAAACACAGGAAGAAAAGCUCUAUGGUGUUGGAGGGUUUAUGCCAUAUGGAUGGAAAGGAGUCCUCUCAGGGGCAGCCACGUGUUUUUAUGCUUUUGUGGGAUUUGACUGUAUUGCUACUACAGGUGAGGAGGUAAAAAACCCUCAGAAAGCCAUUCCUAUUGGCAUUGUGGCGUCUCUUCUCAUCUGCUUUGUGGCUUAUUUUGGCGUGUCGGCUGCCCUGACGCUCAUGAUGCCUUACUACCAGCUGGAUACCAAUAGCCCUUUACCCAAUGCCUUUAAAUACGUGGGUUGGGAUGGAGCCAAUUAUGCAGUGGCUGUUGGUUCCUUGUGUGCACUUUCUACAAGUCUCCUUGGCUCCAUGUUUCCGAUGCCUCGAAUAAUUUAUGCAAUGGCAGAAGAUGGACUUCUCUUUAAAUUUUUGGCUAAAGUAAACGAAAAGAGAAAAACUCCUUUAAUUGCAACAGUGACCUCAGGAGCUACUUCAGCUGUUAUGGCCUUUCUCUUUGACUUGAAAGAUCUUGUGGACCUCAUGUCCAUCGGGACCCUCCUGGCUUACUCCUUGGUAGCAGCCUGUGUGUUGGUACUGAGGUACCAGCCAGAGCAGCCUAAUUUGGCAUACCAGAUGGCAAGGUCAACAGAGGAGACAGAUAACAAUGAGUCUGUGAGCACCAGUGAGUCACAGGCUGGUUUUCUGCCAGAGGAAGAGGAGAAGUUUUCCCUCAAAGCCAUACUGUGUUCCACAGAUUCAGAUCCUUCCAAAUUCUCAGGUUUGGUGGUGAAUGUCUCAACCUUCAUCUUAGGUUUCCUAAUUGUGGGUAUCUGUAUCCUGACUUCCCUUGAGCCAAACAUUCUGAUAAACACUGUACAGAUUAUUGCCGCCAUCCUUGUUGUCACUAUCAUCUUCAUUAUACGGAAACAGCCUGAAAGCAAAACCAAACUCUCCUUUAAGGUACCUUUUUUGCCCUUUCUUCCUGUUGGGAGUAUUUUUGUGAAUGUUUACCUCAUGAUGCAGCUAGACGCAGGCACAUGGAUACGGUUUGCAAUCUGGAUGCUCCUAGGCUUUAUCAUCUACUUUACCUAUGGAAUAUGGCACAGUGUGGAAGCCAGCUACGCAACCUCAGCAGAAGCGGAGAGAAAUACAGACACUGGCUCAGACAGCUGUAAAUGACUGUGUUUGGCUUACGGGCGACUGAAAGAAUGGCUGCAGUGAAAGAAACUUUGUGGUGGGGAUCCAGAACCAGAUUACACCUGUAAUCAGUUAUGCAGGAACACGGAAGCAGAAUGCAGGACUCCCCAACUGCAGCUUGCAGUUUGUUUAGCAGCACAGUUAAAAGGGACCACAAGAUGAAAAGAAUCAACUCUGGCAUACUCCCAGCAGCACUGGCAGCUCAUCUGGGGCGCUUCCCUCUGUCUCUCUCCGGUUUUGUUUUUUUUCCCCAGUGUGUAGAAAGAGAACUGCUUCUGUGUGCAAAUGCUGCUAUGAAACCAGGCCUCACAAAUGUCCUUCUUUCAGUAGCCCUGGGAAUUACCUCCUGACAGAUAUUCUACUCAAUUUUACAUGGAGCAGGUUCUGCAGUGCUACUGUCAGGCAUAAACCAGGAUCUAUCCUUCACCCUAUGUGAGCUGUACCCUCUGUGUAUGCACACAAAAAAAAAGGUUCUCACAAUCACUAGAUUUCCCCAGGUUAACAAAGCACCUGUAAGAUUUGCAUUCUUUAAAAUACCAGAUUCUACCUUUUUUGUUUUA